AUGGCGACGGCACAGCAGGGGCAGCUGUCCGCAGCAGAGAAGAAGACCAUCGAGUUCGGCUUGGCCGUCGCGAUCCUGACGUCGGGCCCCUGGGCGGGAGAAUGCUCCAGCAAACGCAGCAGCGGCACCUCGGGCGACCCAUCUAGCGAUCAAAGAGCUUCGAAGCAGCUUAGGUUGUGGCAAGGGGCGUGUUUGGGAGGCCUUGCCCAGGUUGGCUCCGGGACAAGGAGGAGGCCUGAAGGCAAAAGGCCACAUCCUGCAACCACCCGGGACGACGACAGAGGGAUAGCGCUUGCGGGAGGGAGUUGUGACAACACAAGCCACGGCAUCGGCAGUACGUUCCCAGCAGAGCUGUCACACGCACGGAGGAGCCAACGCGGCGGUCCGUUCCCUGUCACCAGCGGCGGGUGCGGUUCCGCCGCCGCCGUUGAGCCCAUGGGCAGGCUGCUGACGAGUGGUACUGGCUCCGACCUACGGGCGCUCGGGGCCGUGGCACUAUCUGGCUGCCGUUCAGACGGCGCACGAGCAGUUCGGAAGGAGGCCCUGGAAGGGAUAUGGCAUGGCGAUUGCAGCCCUAGCACGGUGUCGCUGUUCGUGAGGGAGAUGCUGGAACAAGUGGUUCUCUGCGGCCAAUGCGUUGGAUCUGGCCAUACAUACCGGCAUGUGCUAGACCUCAUGGUCUCCAUCGUAGAGGAGGUCGCCGAGACAGCAUCGGUAGUCGCCGCUGCCAACGCUAACGCGAACACGGGCCCAUCGCAGCCACACGAUUGGAGCGGCAACGAUGCUGCGUCGAUAUCUCGCCGGAUAGACGUCGCGCUAGCGGUCAGCCAAGCCUUCGACACAACCUUGGUACAGCUGGCCAGAGGACUCCGGGGGGGAGGCAUAUGCAGUAUCACCGGGACGCAAGGGCUUCAGGUAAACACCACAAGCGGCGGCAGCAGCCACGGGGGUUCGUCAGCAUCAGCGUUCACCCGUCGUCAACGACGCCGCGCGAUGGUGGCGCAGCCUCAGUCCAGGGAAGCAACCGCACUGGCACAAGCGGGACGCGCAGGGCUUUUCCUCGAUGCCUACGAGUCUGUCGUGGCUGGCCUUGGCAACGCUUUCAGCCACCUUGAGCUGGCGGAACAUUCCUUCGGUGAUGACGAUGGUGGUGAUGGUGGUGUCGACUCUCUCCCACCGAACGGGUCACCUACUGGCGACCGGCGCUCAUCUCCAGAUGAACUGUUGUUGUUCACACACCUCACGGGCGGCCAACACCUUGGCACACCGAACCGCCCCACAACUACGGUGCCGGAGAGGAACAUGCCGGCAAAUCAUGGCCUGGGUUGGGAUGCAGAGGCUCGACGGAACGCGUGGACGCAAACGAAGCUUGAGGUGCUUGCUGAGGCUACGACACUUCUGUCGAGUUUCCCCAUGGGGCAACUCCGCCUCCAGCGUGUUGUCAGCCGUGUCUACGAAUGGGCGAGGUUAGCCUGAAGGUCUGGAAAGGUGUUCG